AUGGGAAAGACCUCAAAAGAUAAAAGAGAUAUAUAUUAUCGUUUAGCGAAAGAAGAGGGCUGGCGUGCUAGAAGCGCAUUUAAAUUGCUACAGAUCGAUGAAAAAUUCCACAUUUUGAAAGAUGUAACACGAGCCGUUGACUUAUGUGCUGCGCCGGGAAGUUGGACCCAAGUACUUUCAAAACGUCUAUACGAGAAUCGCACUGACAACGAGGAGGUAAAAAUCAUAGCCGUGGAUUUACAAGCUAUGGCACCCUUGCCUGGUGUUACACAGAUCCAAGGCGAUAUAACUAAAUUAAGUACAGCGCAGGCCAUAAUUGAUCAUUUCGGAGGAGAAUCACAAAAGGCACAAUUAGUUGUUUGUGAUGGAGCACCUGAUGUUACAGGUCUUCACGAUAUCGACGAAUACAUCCAGAGUCAGUUGCUACUAGCUGCACUUAGUAUUACUACACACGUGUUGAUGACAGGUGGAAAUUUCGUUGCUAAGAUUUUUCGUGGUAAAGACACAAAUUUGCUAUAUUCCCAACUACGCAUUUUCUUUGAAAAAGUAUCCAUAGCCAAACCAGCUAGCUCAAGAAAUUCUAGUAUUGAAGCGUUUGUAGUGUGUCAAAAUUAUCGUUGCCCAGACGGUUAUAUACCACAAAUGAUAAACCCAAUGGCUGAUAACGUACAAGUAAUAGUAGAUGAAACAAACUCAAAUGUAAAUCACAAACUUAUUCCGUUUGUUGUAUGCGGUGAUAUGCGUGGGUUCGACUCAGAUAUGUCGUACAGUUUAAAUCUCAACGAAAACUCGGAAUACACAUAUAAGGAGGUAGUACAAAAACCUAUUUCUCCAGCUUACAAGGAAAUUUUAGAAAAACUUAAAAAUUGUUCGAUCAAACAUUCAGCCAUAACUGUUAAACAUGAAGAUGGAGAGAAAUAAAGCUAUGAAUGUUUCAUUCUAAAAAUUGUAACAAAAAUGAUUUGUAUAUAACAGGAGGAAUGCUUAUGAAAAGAUCAUUGGCGUUAAAAAAUGCCAAAUAUUCACUAUUUUUACAGCGAGGGAUUUAUUUGCUUGACAGAAGUCCAGUUCCGGCGAUUAAUUCUUCAACAUUCAUAAAUACAUAAGUAUUAACGGUACCGCAACAAACAUUUUAUGGGAUGUCGGUAGCUCAAUAAAUUUUUUCUGUGGUAACGUUAAGGAUCUCAAAAUAUUUUCUUACUGUAACUUUUUUCUUGGUCUGAGAAAAGAAAAAAGUCUAGACCUAAAAAUUCGGAGAUGUGGAAGCAAUUCGACGUAAUUUUGACACAGGGGUUAACAAAAAAAAAAAUUGAAUUAAGUUCAAUAGCUCUUUAGCAUGGAUUUUUACUAAUUCUCCAGCCUGUGAGAUAUAUAUUUAUAUAAUUUGAUUUAAAUAAUUUCAUGAUAUUCUCAUAAUUUUAGAAAGAUUUAAUAAGAAAGAAUUCUAAAUAAAAGAUUUUCGGAAAUUAUAACGA